AUGGAGAAGUUUCGCCUGGCGGUGGACCUGUACCGCAAGUACCGCAGCGCCCUGGGCUGUGGCCUGGCAACCCUGCUGACAGUAGGCGGAGAGAGCGUCUUCUCCAACGCGGUGUUCCAGUGCCCCUGCAACAAGACCUGGAACCAGACCUAUGGUUUGAUGUUCCUGCUGGUGCCGACUCUGGUGCUUUUCAUCCUGGGUUACCUGGUGAGAACACGCACGUGGCGCCUGUUAACCAACUGCUGCAAGCAGGGCUGCUACCAUGAAAGCUGUAACGCUUGCCUGCAAAGUAGCAAGUGUUUCUGGCAGCUUAGCUGUUCGGUUGCUUCUUUGCCACUCACUUGGAUGGCCAUGGCGCUGCUCGAAGGUACCUAUUAUGUAUGUGCUGGCAGCGGAAUCAGGAAAAUUGCACAGCCCCUCUGCUCUGCCAUCGCUGACAAUGACACCAAAAAACUGGAGAACUGUAUUAACCUGAUGCCCCGAGUUCCCUGCAAGGAAUCAGACCUAUUAUCCGAAAUGCAGACAUUUCCAAAGGUUCUCAAGGCUCAAUCACAGGUUCUAGGCUGGUCCCUGAUUGCAGUGGUUAUUAUCUGCCUUAUGAUUGGUGCAAUUGCUUCUCAGUGCUGCUCUCCUGUAGGUUUUCGACAACUGAAUUUUUGGAAAAUCUAUAUGAAACAGGAAGAGGAGAACUUUAAAAAAGAAGCAAAAGAGCAUGCUGCAGAAUUAGCCAAACAGAAUGUCAAAUGUUUCUUUAUGCCACCGUCAGAUGCAAAGAACACCAGCAUCCCUUACACCCCAAGCCUUGAUAACUGGAAGGAAAUUUCAUCACUAUAUACUUUUCCAGAUGAAAAGUACUACAGUCUAUUGCACAAAUGUGCUAAUAAAACUAAUUUUGAAAACAAAUCUUGA